AUGCCAACGACCAAAGCCACCCCUUCCGCGUUCGAUACCCUACCUCCCGUUACUGGGGCUGCAGUGGUGACGGCCUUCGCUAUGUACCCAGUGGACAUCGUUCGUGCCUUGGUCAUGGCACAGGCCUCGGGUCAACGCUCAUCUGUCACAACUCUGGUUAAGAACUUCUAUCAAACUCAUGGUGCUUCUGGAUUCGUAUCCAAGGGCUUGGGCGCUGAAAUGAUGCGUGCGACUUUCUCGAGGGUCAUCAAGUUUUGGCUGCAGCCAAUUUUCCAUCAGAGGGUUUUCAAUUCCAAACAGAAGGAUGGUACGCCAUUUUCUAAGGGAGUUGCGGGUUCAUUGGCUACUAUACCUGAGGUCAUUGCUAUAUCGCCGUUUGAAAACGCCAAGUUAGCUCAGCAGUUGGACGCUGAAGGCAAAUUCAAAGGAACUGCUGAUACCAUGAGGUGGGGAUAG